AUGAUCGUACUAACCCAACCAGAAGAUACCAGAAAGAUACCUGAGGCAGGCCUUGGUACGUACCUUCCUGGAAGCGCAAGUCCUACUGAGAUGGACAAUUACUGUGCUCGAGGUGGCCGUGGCGGCCACGGCCGCGGUACGAACUCGUACCGGAACCUGGUCGGUACCAUCGGCCAGAUGACGGCGCGAAAUGCGCUGCACAAACGUAUGUACCUACUUACUCACCAAGCUCUUAGCAACUAA